AUGGGUCGAGAAACAUCCCCAGGUAGACACUCCAGCCGCCCCAGGGAGAGGGAACACCGCUCGAGACACGACGACAAGGAGCACCGCUCAAGGCAUGGCGACAGAGAACACCGCGACAAGCAUCGCAAGCACCGGGACGAGACCGAGGAGGACCGGAGGGAGAGGAAGCGCCAUAGGAAGGAGGAGAAGAGGCGAGAUAGAAACGAUGACGGGCUGGAGGUACAGGACGACGAUCCAAGUAUGUGGGUGGAGAAAAGCAUCGAUGGCACUGAGGCUGUAUCCAAUAUCCCUACUACCGACUCUCUCCCUCUAAAGUCUCACAUAUCAACCUCGGAAGCACCGCUACCACCGUCUACUGCUUCAGGAUCUGCCGCUAGAGAAAGAGACUCCUGGAUGCUCGAACCAACGGGCUCGUCAGCUUCUGCCCCUCGGGAUAGCAGGGAGGUUCCUCAGAGCGCCGAUUUAUUUGAAUCUAUGGGAACGGAGCAUCUCCGAAAGGAUCCCAAGGCCGACCAACCAGACCCCUCCAAGGCAAGCCGAUCUUAUUCAUCGCAACGUGCUCAGCUUCUUGACGGAAAAUCUGUGGACGACUACGAGACAAAAGAGACAAAGGUUCAGUUUGGCGGUCCUGGAUCUCAAUGGCGUAUGAUGAAGCUGCGACGUCUCUACGAGCAAUCGGAAGAGCAGGGCAAGCCUGUUGAAGAGAUCGCAUUGGAGAGGUACGGCUCUUUGCAAGACUUUAAUGAAGCUCUCGAAGAGCGCAAGUACUUGGACGACAAGGAAGAGAGAAGGAAAUCUCGCCGUGGGCCAGGGGGUCUCGCCACUCCCACCGGUGGCUCUACGGGUGCGCGAACGCCCGACACGGGAAAGAGGUUCAUGUUUGCCAACCCUGCAUCGGGCGACGAGUCUUUUGGAAGUCGCCCGAGUUCUCGAGCAGGGUUCCGCAAACCUGGAGAGGACCGCGAUCAAACGCCCAAUGGUCGGAUUGAUCUGCUCCGUCGCGAAAACAGUGGCGGUGGGACACCAGGUGCUCGUCCAGGCGCUAGCGGCAUCACCAGCAGUAUGGCCAUGUCUACCCCGGUCCCCAGUGUUUUCACGCCGACUGCUCUUACUCGCUCUUCAACCCUUCCCGACACUGGCUCGCCGGCUCGAGACCCAACGGCGUCCAAACCUCCUCUCUCGACGGAACAGCUCAACAAGCUUCAAGCUGCAGUGCUUCGAGCCAAGCUCAUGGAUGACCCCAACGCAGAGAAGAUGGAACAUGAAUAUGAGCUCGAACGAGAGCGAAGUGAAGCUGCUGCGAAUGGCGGAUUGUGGUCUGGCGCAAGUGACGGUGUUGAAGUGCAGGUGUUGCCGACUCUGGACGGGAGAGGACAGCUCUAUGAUGUCGGUACGGGCCAGGCCGCCGAGGUAGAACUUGGCCCAGGCAACAAAAAGAAGAAGGUCGACAAGUUUGAAACUCGUGACAAGCAAGGCAAUCUUCUUCGGUACAACGCCGACGACGAUAGCCAAUCUCUCGGCGAGCUCGUCCGUCAGGAACGUUUCGGCGCCGGAUCCAAGGAUCAAAAGGAUAUCGACGCCGAAAUGGCGAGAGCGAUAGCCACGGACGGCAAGUUCCAAGAUGAUCUGGAUUAUAUGGACGACAAUGCGGAAAAGCUGGCGAGGAGAAAGUUGAAGAGUGAUGCUCUGAAGCGAGCUUUCGCCAUCAACGAUUAUGCGCGGACAAAGAAGGCUCUUGACACUUGUCCGUUCUGCUAUCAGGACGAUCGCCCUCCGCAGACUGCUAUCGUCGCCCUCGGUACUCGCACAUACUUGUGCUGCACCGAGACCGAGGAGCUUGUUCCUGGUCAUUGCUUGAUCGUCCCUCUGCAACACCAUCUCAGCAUGCUGGAGAUGGAGGAUGAUGAUUGGGAGGAACAGAACUUUAUGAAGUGUCUCAUGAGGAUGCACGCGGACAACAAUCAAGGUGUCAUCUUCUUUGAAACCAUCACCACUUUCAAGCAGCAAAAGCACUCCUACAUCGAAGCUCUCCCCGUCCCUGCUCGACAUUUCGGCAAUCUUCCCGCCUACUUCCGGGAAUCCAUCCUCGCUUCGGAAGGCGAGUGGACGCAGCAUAAAAAGUUGAUCGAUUUCUCAACCAGACCGGGCGGUUUCAGGAGGAUGAUGGUGCCAAACAUCCCGUACUUUAUGGUUCAGUGGGAUUAUAAAGGUGAGAAGGGAUACGGGCACGUGAUUGAGGGCGUGAAGGAAAGUGGCAGUGGCGGUGGCGGUGGAGAAGAUGAGGAGGGAGAGGGGGACAUUGGUGGAGCUGGCAAAGAGGACGAGUUCCCCAAAUAUUUCGCGCAAGAGAUUAUCGGCAACAUAUUGGGGCUGGAGCCUCGAAAAUGGCGUAAACCUCAAAGAAUAGCUGUAGGGGCCAACAAGGAACGGGCGAGGGCUUUGGGGACCAAGUUCCAACCAUAUAAUUGGACUGUUGGUAAUACUGUAUGA